AUGUCUAACCGCGAUUACUACGGCGACAAUGUCGGUGCGGGCCUAGCCCGGAACACCACCUCUACCCAUCUUGCGAUGAACUCCAGCACUAAACCAGGUUCGGAGCAAAAGGUCGAACAAUACCAACAGCCACAAAGACAAUGGGGAGACGAAUAUCGCUCAGACGUCUGCGAGCCCAACUCUAAUCUCAACACUCUACCUGAAGCCGAGGGCGAGGGAGAAAGAGGCCUAGGUUCCACCGGUGGCGCAUUCAUCGGCCACAGAGUAGGCAAGAAGUCAGACCACGGGACUCUCGGAGCGAUUGGCGGCGCUGUGGCUGGUGCCAUCGUGGCGAAUCUUGCAAGCAAUAUGGUCAAGGGGGAUACUAAACAUGGACAAGGCCAGGGACACGGGCACGGUGGACAUGGGCUCUUGGGGUCUCUGCGAGAUCGUCGGAUUGACAGGUUAGAGCGUCGGUUGGAUAGACGAAGGUAG